GAUGCUUUUUGCUUUGGAUAAAUCUAAACACAUUUCAUAAAAGACACCCAACAGCACAGAUAGAACAAGGACAUAGUUAUAAAUAUAUUUAUUGGGAGGUUCCAAUUAAAUAUUAUUCACAAUUUAAUGACAGCGUUUUCGAGGUGUGAAACUGUGGUGUCCUAUGAUUAGAAAGUAUUUGAUUGACUUUGGCUUUGAUUGAGUCUGGCCUAAACAACAGGCUGUUUUUAUUUAAUCAUUUUAUUUUGAACGCUUGAAAGUCCCGGAAGAGGCGCUGCAUGUGUCUUGCAGAGACCGCGGGAAAAUGUCGUUAUUUCCUGCUCCCUGAACAAGGUUGUCGAGUCGUCGCGACAGUGAUUGUAAACAGAUGAUAAAGAAUAAUAACAUGCUAAACAACAUUCUUAGAAUCGAUUGUCAUAUGCUACUUCCAGGUACAUCUCUGAGGCAUUGAUUGAGCAUCAGGAGAAUGGAGGGGGAUUUGAUGGAUGAAGUGUAUGGUGACCUCAGCCAAGACCACCAUAAUACCACAGCAGCUUUCAAUGAAGACUCUGUGGAUAUUUAUUUUGGUUUAGAAAGUCCGAAGAUGAAUUCGGACGCAGAAAGGAAUUACACACUCCUCUCACCACAGAAUCUGAAAUAUAUGGAUUUGUAUGAAGAAAUCAUAACAGAAGAACAGCAGGAUAGAGAGUCUUCCUAUAAUGAGUUGAGGACCAGAUUCAAUGCAGCACAAAGCCAAGUUGAUGAGUUAAUGAGAAGGUUGCAGCAGACUGAAACACAGAAUACAACGCUGAACACCGAGAACAGCCGCCUGAAGAAGAACAUCUGUGCGCUCAUCAAGACCGCUAAAAUGGAGGUUGUGCGGAAGGACGAGGAGAUAAAUAGGUUGAGCCAAAGUUUCAGGCCAAGGAGGGGUCCUGUAGUUCACCAUCAAUCUCAGAUGAACUGCCUGAGAAAUCCAAUUCCAAACCGACUGAAUCCUACGGGGCCGUCUCAACUUAGCCAACCACAAGUUCCAAACCGACUGAAUCCUACGGGGCCGUCUCAACUUAGCCAACCACUAGUUCCAACUAGACAGAAUUUUACAGGGCAGCCUCCACCAAGCCAACCCCCGGGUCCUAGACAGGAUUGUGUUGUAAAGGAUCUUAGCCAGCUCCUCUGUAAAGACAGAGAUGUGGUCCACCCCCUUCUCCCUCCAACCCCCUCUGAUGCAACAGUUUUCCGACCACCUCUUCCUGAUACAACAGUUCUCAGACCACCUCUUCCUGAUACAACAGUUCUCAAACCACCUCUUCCUGUCACUUCAAAGACCGCUAAAGGAGAUUCAGAAGCUCUAGCGAAACGCACUGUUGGUAGUUCCAGCCAGGACUCUGUGAAUAGACACCCUACACGUGAACUUGACCCGUCAGACGAGCCGAAACAAACCAAGCACAGAGAAGGCGGAGGUGGAAAUCCGAGGCUGUCCGACUCAAAUGAGCAGCGAAAAUAUAACUCCAAGUCAAGCAGAUGCCCUCGUCUCUCAGAUGUUGAGGUACGCAGGAGAUCAGAGCGGGCCAAAAAUCCAACCUCGGACAUUUUGCAUUGCACUGCUUCUUCUGACCGCACUUCCGAAGGAUUGUCUAAAGAUUGUGCAGCCCAUCAAUCAAAAGCUUCUAGUCGGCAUUAUCAGGAGCUCGGGCGUGAUAAGGGUGAUGGUAAUAGGCAUAGUAGAGGUACUAAAGACAUUUCCUCUAACAGAAAGCAUGCCUAUUUGAACCAAGCCAGUGUCACUGAACGAUCCAGUGAAUCUUUUAAUCGCAAGGGAGGGACAAGUCCUCCAAGGGACCGUCGAAGGAAAGAGGAGAGAAGAAGAGAGGAUGAGGUCAGAAAAGAAAAGAAUACAUCAAAAAAAUCAGGAGAAAGAAAAAGCACUUGUACAGAGAGAAGAAGAACAAAGGAAAGUGGCCGAUGCAGUAAGGACGUCAGUAAGGACAAGACGAUGGACGACAGUAAAGUCGGGGAGCAAAAGACAGGUGAGAAGUCUGAAUUUCUUCCAUCUGAGGCUAAAUUGGCUGCGAAAAGCUCUGUAGAGGAAACUGGUCCAAACAGAAAGUUAAGUUUCAUGGAAACUCUGAAUCUUACCCUGUCACCAGUUAAAAAACCAAGACGGCUUGCUGAAACCAAAGAACGGGAGGGCACACCACCUGAGGAAGUUUCUGAAGACCAGUCAGCGGAAGACAGUGGACAGCCUGAUCUAGACAAGUUCCUCAUCUUAGACGAAAUCAACAGCAGUGUGGUAGAGACCGACGAGGUCUUUCAGGACCCAGUGGUACAGCCCACUUCAGAAAUCCCAAUGCCUUCGGAACCUGGAAGUAUUGACCUUAGACAUACAGACAAAGAACCUUGUCAGGAUGCUAACAAAGGUCUGACUGAGGCCACAGUGGCCAAAAAGCAACCUCAGUGCCAGUUAGAAGUGGAAGACACUAUUGUCCAAGGUGUCUCUGAAGGUAAGCCUGAGCUGCCGGAGGCCACAGUGGAUCAGGGGACUGAACCCACCACACCAGAACCUCUCAGGGAGGUUUGUGUUUCAGCUCCAGACUGUGCCAUUGUUUUGAGAACUCCACUGAAAAGCAGACCUGAAGAAUGUGCCUCUGCGAAUAAAGUGAGUGAGUCAGAGGAUUUUACUGCUGCUGCUGUUACUGCUCCUACUGUGGCUGGGAAUUGUGGAAACAAUUCAAAUACUGACACUGGCCUAUCAUCUAACGGAUUUACCCCUGACCAUUCAAUGGAAAAUGUAGUUCUUAUUACUGACAAUUGGGUGUGUAAGCCAAACGGUAAAACUCCCAGUGCUUUGGUCUGUGAAAGUCAAGCUGUUGAAACUGUGACACAUGUUCCACCCGCUGCUGUCUGUGUGGGACACCCUGCUGUUGAAGGUGUUUCAGGAAAAGAACCAUCGGAAUCUCUGCAAUUGCCACUGCCUGCCUCUGUUAUUUCAACCUCUAGUCUAGACGUGACAGCAGAGGUGCGAGAUAUUUCCAAGCAUGGUGUUUCCAGUACGAUUAGCAUGGAGGUAAUUCCAGAGAUCUGCAUUACAUCUGAGAUCGUUGAAGAUGCCACAGAGAUACCUCUGGAGUGUGAGAAAGAGCGGACUGUUGUGGAACAAGGUUCACCGUUGAGCGGUUUUGAAGUGUCUAAGGUGAGCAGCACAACGGGAGAGGUUGCACCAUCAGCACAGCACAACAGUGGCUUGUCACAAACGCCAAAGAAGUCCCUCGAUUCUGAGCCAAGUCACACAGAGAAUGAGGACAUGAAUGUUGAGCCCUCUAGCUCCAUUCCAUUGGCCCAUGAUGAGAACUCGAUGAUGCUUACACUGGGCAGCCUUAAAGGUAUUCCAGAUGCCAUCAGCCCACUCACAAGCCCAGUCCGUCCAAUGAGGAAAAGCCAUCAGCCGCCAUGUCCCAGCAAACCUGCUUACGUCAAGAGUCUUCACAAAGAGUUUACCAGUGCUGCUGGGGAUCCCAAUUCAAAGAAGUUCGAUGUGAAUAUGGAGAACAAGAAUCCUGGCCGCUCCAUUGCAAGUGCUACACAACAAGCUGUGGAUCGGGAUUCUGUCCAUUCUUCCAGCCCUGAGGAUGAAUUGGAAGAGGGUGAAAUCCUUAGUGAAGGGGAAGAAACUCCAAUCACGCCAAGUUCUCCAGCCAAAACGGUUAGGCCCACAAGCCCGGUUAAAAGUCAACAAAUUCCCAAGUCAUCCCCUAGGCUUUCCAAGAAGUCGCUUGAAGAGAAAGGGAGUUCUAAACUCUUAAGUAAAACCUUGAUUUCACCAGUUGGAAGCCCCGUGUCAAAAGCUCGCUAUAAAACGGUUCAACCUCCGUUACCCAAAGCUGCCUUGUGUACCGUGGAGGAGGUUAUGGCCAUGUUUGUAAAGAUCCGCUAUGCGUGCAGGAAAAAGUACAUGAAGCUUCGUUCAACCUUCUCUAAGGAACGCUUCUGCGGUGUUAUGGACAUGUCCCUUGACUCUUUUACAGACUUUGUUGAUAGUGUCAGCUUUACUAAACUAUGCAGCCAAGAAGAUGACCUCAAAGUGAAAUUGAAGAACAACAUAAUGUCUGUUUUGAGUAAGUUAUCAAAUAAUGGCAUUGUCAACCGCAUCUUUGACCAGGAACCACUUAAUAUGAAGUCCAAACUGUGGGAAUUUGUGAAUGUGCAGUUAGACUUCUUAUUCAAGGAAAUUCAGACUGCUCUGAGAAGUGUUUGCAAAUCCUCAAAUGGAAACCAGUCUGCAGGAGCUGAAAAAAGGGACUUGAGUCUCUCCAAGCAGCCAGUGAAGUCCCCCAAGCAGCCAGUGAAGUCCCCCAAGCAGCCAGCGAAGUCCCCCAAGCAGCCAGCGAAGUCCCCCAAGCAGCCAGUGAAGUCCCCCAAGCAGCCAGUGAUGUCAUCGGUGUCCACAGCCUCUAAACUUAAAAGACCGCAGGGAGCGGUAAAAAAAACAAAUUGUGUGUCCAGAACAUCUGCAAGUAAAAGACCGCAAGAGGAAUUAACAGACUGUGUUGAACCCAACAUAAAAAGAAACAGGGCUCAGACUCUCUCCCCUUGCAAAACCGGUCUUGGAAGAGGCAAAAAUAUUAAAAUGUCAUUUGAAGAAGACAAGGAAUCAGAGCCUCAAACCUCAGAUCAUCCUCUUAUGCAACCUCCUUUGCAACACGGGUUAGAGAUCUUAUCAUCAAACAGCCCUUCGUCUGCUGAGAAAACGGCUGCCUAUGUUCGCCGGCUGUCUCAAAAUGGCUCACUCCAUGACAAGUCUGACUUCGAAAUCCUCACAGAACAGCAAGCCUCCAACCUAACAUUCAACCUGGUGACAGACUCCCAGAUGGGAGAGAUCUUCAAGUGUCUGUUACAAGGGUCUGAUCUGCUAGAAACUAAUGUCUCAGCUGGGGACAAUCACGGCUGGCCUCUUGGUACUCCUCGGAAAGGAGAGCGCUUCCGAGGCGUUACCACCCCAAGCAAAGUUUGUACCACAACCAAAGUUGGUACUCCCUCUAAAGUCAUUGCCACAUGGUCUUCUAUUUCACCUUGCAAGUUUUCCUCUCCAAAUUCAAAAGUCCAAAUUCCACUAAAUCCAGCUUUGUUGGAUGAGAGUUGCAUGUUGGAGGUGCCCUCCAGCCUACCAGAAGACAAAAUGACAUCGCAGUCCAGUGUGUUCUCGCAGAGAUCUUAUUCCAUUUUGGCAGAAGAUCUGGCUGUCUCCCUCACAAUUCCUUCGCCUCUCAAGUCUGACAAUCACCUCAGCUUCUUGCACCCAGCCAGCGUGGAGCCCAUGGCUGCUCCAGAUAGUGUCAUCAGUGCACAUUUCAGUGAGGAUGCUCUUAUGGAUGGGGAAGAUGCUACAGAGCAGGACAUUCACCUUGCCCUGGACACAGACAACUCCAGCGGUGCGUCAAGCGGUGGUGGCAGAACUAGGGAGGCUCCUGUUAACCCCCUGUUUCACUUCAAGCCUCACUUGCCCAUGCAGGCAGUAGUGAUGGAGAAGUCAAAUGAUCAUUUCAUUGUGAGGAUACGGCAUGCAAACACCAGCCCAGACAUCAACUCCAACAACUCAGGUGUCAACUUCACCAACCUAGGCAUCAACUGCACCAACCCAGGCAUCAACUUCUCCAACCUAGGCAACAACUCCACCAGCCUAGUGGUCAACCCCACAUGCCGAAGAAUUAAAUCAACAAGCCAAGGAGUCAACUCUUCCAGUCCAGGAAGUGUAAACUCUACCUACCCAGGAAAUAACUCUACCAACAAAGACACAAACUCAAGCUACCCAUGUGUCAACUCCACAAGCCCACAAGUCAACUGCACCAACCCAGUUAUCUACCCCAUAAGUGCAGACAUCAAUCCAAGGGCUGUCUCAAGCCCUCAAACACCACCAGGAGAAGAACAACAUGUCAAAGACCAAGGAAAAACUCCUUCUAAAACCCAUUUUUCGGAGGCCAGUCCUCCUUUCUACCUUUCCACAAGCACCGAAACAGCAUCUGCGCUGUCUUCACCAUGCCUCACCAUCAUAGAAGACACACCGGAGAGGGCCCACAGCAAGGGUAAGACGGGGAAAAAGCGGACAAGGAACCACAUGGAAAUGAAAGCAAAGCGGCCUAAAAAGGAGGUGAUCCCUGAGAAGAUCAAGCAUAAAAAGAAGUCCUCAAAAAGGGCCAAAGGAAAGGAGGCUAGAAGCUCCAAGAGCGAGAGAAGUAAAGUCACUACUCCACCCCAAUCUACCCCAUCACCCAACAGCCUGUCUGCCAAGAAUAUCAUCAUAAGAAAGGGGGCAGUGGUGGUGACUUGGACAAGGGAUGAAGACCGAGAUAUUCUCCUUGCGCUGAAGAUGAAAGGUGCCUCUCCAGAUACUUUCUCUUCCCUAUCGGAGAAGAUGAACAAGACACCCGCUCAGAUUGCAGAGAGAUUUUCCCAGCUGAUGAAGCUUUUUAAGAAGAAGAAGAUGAUGUCGCAAGGUCAAAAGUCGAUUUUCCCAUUUGACGAAUGAGCAGAAGCAGAUCAUCUGAAUUUGAUCCCUGUAAUUGAUGGCCCUGGAACAUAUGAAGGCCAAACCAACCAGAUCUCAAACUGAAUUGUUUUUGUUUUUUGUUUGUUUGAUGGGUGGUCAGCAAGGAUCAGAAUAUCCUUGAGGUAACAUCCACACAUGCUUCAAUGUAUCGUCUCCCCACAGCCUAGAUGAAUACAGCUCGUAUAAGAUGUUUUGGUACAUCUGCACUAGUAUUUCUUUUUGUUUGCGUUAAAUCUGAUCUACCAUGUUGAUCCUGGGCAAUAUCCCAUAUCAACUUCACAACUCUUAAUAUGCCCCAGCAAGUUUAUACCGUAUGUGGAGUUAAACACUGCUGCAAUCAUACAUUUCAUUUGAACUAAUUGACACAUUUUAUCAGUAAAUGGGGAGUUGUCUCUGAUACUUUUAUGGAGCAUUGUCGUAUGUACUGAAGUUACUUUUUAUACAACGUCUGGGGGGUUGGAACUAAAGAUUGGAACUACAAUUCAGGUCACAUUUAUAUCUUACUUAAUGCUGUAAGGUCACAUGGCAGAAAGUACAUUUUACUGUACGGUAUGUCAACAGUAUUCUAUUUUGGAUAUAUAUUGUACUGACUUCAAGAUGGUGAGUUAAAUUAAUAAAUAAGGCGCACACGUUCCAUUUUAUGUAUGAUUCAAGGUGGUAUGUUUAUAGAAAUUAAGCAUUUUAAGGGGAACAUUUCCUGUCAGAUUUUUGGUUGGUUGGUUUUGGAUGAGUGACUACCUGGUUAAACAAAUGUACACUGUAUAUUGUGCAUAUUUUGGUUUUGUAAAUAAAGUGUAUUUAUUUAA